AUGGAGUCGGCAAACUGCAACCCCAACCACGAGGGCGGAGGCGAAGAUCGAUUGAGCUCACUUCCAGACGAUAUCCUCACCGAAAUCCUCUCCCGCCUUCCAAUCAAUUCCGCAGUCACCACCUCCGUCUUAUCCCAUCGAUGGCGCCACCUCUGGACUGGCAUCACUCGCUUUGAAUUCCACACUACUAAAAUACCUACAAUAAUACCCAACUUCAGUUGUAUCUUACGACAUCUGACUUCAACGAAACUCGACGUAUUCAAAGUUAAGGUCUCACGAAGAAUCUACUGGCAUGAUAAAGAAGAAGAUGAUGGAUUUGAAUCAUGUAUUCAUGAUAUAUGCCGUCGAAAGGUGCAACAAGUUAUCAGCAAUAUAUUCUUUCCGAUGCCUGAUUGCUUGCUUAAUUGUCGAUCUCUUGUGAUUUUGGAUUUGUAUGGUCCGUAUGAAAUGAAGUACGAAUACAAAGCUGCUGAUAUUCAACUUCCGAACUUGAAAAAGCUUUCGUUACGAUUUCUUACUUUUAUACCUCAUUGGUUAGGGUCUUUACAUAAAUCUUCUCCAUUAUUAGAAGAUUUAACUCUCGCAUCUUCUGUACACUUUAUGCAGUCUAUAAGUACAAUACCCUUAAUUAACAUAAUUUUCCCGAAUUUAAAGUCAUUGGAGUUAGGGUUGUUCCCUUAUAAUGUAGAGCAAACGCCGGGUAUCAAUUCGAUUUUUUCUAUCGAUGCACCCAAAUUGACAAACCUUGUAACAUAUGGUUGCGUUUUACCUUAUGGAUUUCGUACUAAUCCGCCAGCAUUAGUCAAAGCGUGUAUCAACUUGAGGAAGUAUGUAUUGAGACAUGAAGACCUUGAGGUGGAGCUUCAUCGGUUUCCCGAAUUUUUCAAAGGAAUGUCUAGUGUUAGCAACCUUGAGCUAGUGGUGAUGAUGGAGGGGCAAAGGAAUAUGUUCACUUACUUGAAUCUGAAUCCGCCCAUCAUGUUUUUUAAUUUAGUCCGGCUUGAAGUGACCUUGUGUGGGUUUAGUCUUAAUGAUUGCACUAGUUUUGUGGUUUCGUUGCAACGCUUCCCCAACUUAGAGCAUCUUUGGGUGAUAGUAAAUCGUCGCGAAAGAGAGCAGAAUACUUGGUGUGCACCAAAUGUUGUACCAAGUUGUCUAAUAAGUAAGCUCAAGAUAAUAUCGAUAUCGAUAAGGGGAUUUGGUAGGAAUAAUUGUUGGAUCGAGUUUCUAAGGUACAUUCUAGGUAAAGCAACAGUUUUGCAAAACUUAAAUGUUUGCUUGGUUCAUAAUUUGCCUGAACGAGUCGAACAUAAGUUCUGUAAAUCCUUGUUUAAGCUUCCAAGGAGCUCAUUGAAUUGUGAGGUUGUGUUUUCGGGUAGGUUUGUUAAAGGAUUAUCAAGUAAUGUAUUCAAAAUCGGAAACCAUAAUGUCAAUUAUAGGCCAUGGUUGAUUGACAUUUUUUGGUGCUACUUGUGGUUAACCAAACGACAAUUCAGUACUCAAGCAAACAUAGAAGAUACGGCCGACUAUGUACUAUUCGAUUCCGAUUUGUCUCCAUUCCAAUAUGAUGAACACAUAUAG